AUGGCAUCUCGCGCGAUCCCCUCCCACCUGAAGCCCUCUGCUGCUGAGGGCGAGGGCUUCUCCUCCCAGCGCCACCACGGCAAGUCGCAGUCCCAUGUGGCAUUUGAGAACACAUCGACCAAUGUCGCUGCCUCGCAAAUGCGUAAUGCGCUGAACAAGCUCGCCGAUACCGUCACCGACCCCGCUGAGAAGAAGUACUUCGAGACGGAGAUGGACAACUUCUUCGCGCUGUUCCGCCGGUACCUCAAUGACAAGGCUAAGGGCACUGCCAUUGACUGGAACCGCAUCGCACCCCCAAAGGCUGAGCAGGUUGUCAACUACGAUGACCUUGCCAACACCGAGGGUGUUGAAUACCUGAACAAGCUCGCUGUCGUCAAGCUCAACGGUGGUCUCGGUACCUCGAUGGGUUGCGUUGGCCCCAAGUCAGUCAUUGAAGUCCGUGACGGCAUGUCUUUCCUGGACUUGUCCGUUCGCCAGAUUGAGUACCUCAACCGCACAUAUGAUGUCAACGUGCCAUUUGUGCUCAUGAACUCGUUCAACACCGACACGGACACUGCUAGCAUCAUCAAGAAGUACGAGGGCCACAACAUUGACAUUCUCACAUUCAACCAAUCGAGGUACCCCCGUAUCCUCAAGGACUCGCUCCUGCCCGCUCCCAAGGAGUACAACUCAGACAUCUCCAACUGGUACCCCCCAGGUCACGGUGACGUUUUCGAGUCUCUGUACAACACAGGUAUGAUUGACAAGCUUACCGAGCGCGGUAUCGAGUACAUCUUCCUUUCCAACGCCGACAACCUGGGUGCCGUUGUCGACCUCCGCAUCCUCCAGCACAUGGUUGACUCCAAGGCCGAGUACAUCAUGGAGUUGACCGACAAGACCAAGGCCGACGUCAAGGGUGGUACUAUCAUCGAUUACGAGGGCUCUGUCCGUCUGCUCGAAAUUGCCCAGGUUCCCAAGGAGCACGUCAAUGAGUUCAAGUCGAUUAAGAAGUUCAAGUACUUCAACACCAACAACAUCUGGAUGAACCUCGCGGCCAUCAAGCGUGUUGUUGAGGCUAACGAGCUUGCCAUGGAAAUCAUCCCCAACGGCAAGUCGAUCCCUGCCGACAAGAAGGGCGAGGCCGACAUCUCAGUCCUCCAACUCGAGACUGCUGUCGGUGCCGCUAUCAAGCACUUCAAGAACGCACAUGGUGUCAACGUUCCCCGAAGGCGGUUCUUACCCGUCAAGACUUGCUCUGACCUCAUGCUUGUCAAGUCUGAUCUCUACACACUUCAGCACGGCCAGCUGGUCAUUGACCCCAACCGCUUCGGCCCUGCUCCUCUGAUCAAGCUUGGCAGCGACUUCAAGAAGGUUUCCAGCUUCCAAGCACGCAUCCCAUCGAUCCCUAAGAUUGUCGAGCUGGACCAUCUCACCAUUACCGGUCCCGUCAACCUUGGUCGUGGUGUUACCUUCAAGGGUACCGUCAUCAUUGUCGCUACCGAGGGCUCGACCAUCGACAUUCCCCCAGGUUCCAUCCUUGAGAACGUGGUUGUUCAGGGUUCGCUCAGGCUGCUCGAGCACUAG